AUCAACUGUGUCAACUAAAUAAACCAAAUAAAUGUAAGUGGAUAGUUGAUGCUGAUGUGUACACUAAAUUAACUAUUUCCUCAUUAACUGUCGGAACGUUGAGUAUUACUCCUGUACCUUAAUUUAUCGUAUUUUUUCGGUAACAAAAUAAAAUCAAAUUGCCAACAUGAGCUUAUCGGAUAUUUCCGCCAAAUUCACCGAAGCUGUAUUGGAGGAUAUCAUCAAAAAGGCUGGAGGCACAAAAUACACCUCACAUAAAUUCGGAAAAGGUUUCAAAAAAGGCGAUUCAUAUUUAAGUCGCGUCUUUCGUUUGUGCGUCUAUGGUGUUAAUGAAGAUAAUGGCUCCAAUAUUGAAGUCAAUCUAAUUUGCAAGGGAAUGCCCGAUAAUUUGGCACGUCGCAAAGUAUUUCGUUCGGCCGAUUUCUUUCGUAACGAAAUCAAUUUCUAUCUGAAAGUUGUACCCGCCUUGGAAGAAUUCCAGAAGCGUCGCAAUCCCAAAAAUCCGUUUACCGAAUAUCCCAAAUGUUAUGCAUCGUAUUGUGAUGGCGAAAAUGAUUUUAUAGCAUUGGAAGAUGUUAGCUUUUUGGGUUAUGGUUCACCUGAUCGCCAAGGCUAUAUUACUCUAGAAGAAUGUAUGCUAACAAUGCGUACAUUGGGUAGAUUCCAUGGUAUUUCGUUGGCAUUGAAUUCUUUGGAACCGGAACUCUUCGAAGAGACGGGUAAAUGUUUGGAAGAAACCUAUUAUGCCGAUUCAAAUCGUAAAUGGUAUUUGGAUUUCAUGAAAUUGGCCUGUGAGGUGGCCAAAGACGCCGUGAGCAAAUCAUAUCCUGAGAGUAAAUAUGAGACAGUUGCCAACAACUAUUUGCAGGCCGAACAGGUGUAUGAUGAUCAAAUUAAUUUGGUGUCAUCUAAAUCAAAACUAACUGUUUUUGGCCAUGGCGAUUGUUGGACACCAAAUUUCCUAACCCGCUAUAGCCAGGAUGGCAAACCAGAAGCCAUUAAAAUAAUUGAUUUCCAACUGGCCCGCUGUGCCUCUUUGGCUGUGGACAUUUCAUUCUUUAUUUAUUCCUGCACCAGCCAUGAAUUACGUGAAGCCCACUACGAAAGCCUGCUCAAGGCCUAUCAUGAAAGUGCUUGUGAUUUAAUUAAAGAUUUGGGAGCCAAUCCAGAAUUGGUAUUCUCAUGGCAAUCUCUUUUGGAUGAAUUGAAAGAAUUCGCCCGUUUUGGUUGUGGCAUGGGUAUUGAAUCACUGCCCAUGUCUAUGCUGGAAGAAGAUGAAAUUGCUGAUUUAGAUGAAAUAAGUGCUGACUCGGUGUUGGUAGAUGUCUGGAACUUGAAGCCAUUCCAGGAGCAACAUAAACGUCAGCGUAUUGCCGAUAUGUUUAAACAUGCCAUCGAUCAGGGUUAUCUUAAAUAAUUUCGAAUUUAUAGAAAUAAUUUUAUUUUUCAAUGGACAAAUUUUAUUCAAAUCUUUGGAUUUUUAUCAAAUGCAAUAAAUAUAGUAAAAUUUUA